CGCCAGCGGGGCCAUGUCGCUGCUGCGCGACGUGUCGCUGCAGGAUCCCCGGGAGCGCUUCGAGCUGCUGCAGCGGGUGGGGGCCGGCACCUACGGGGAUGUGUACAAGGCCCGGGACACGGAGACGUCCGAGCUGGCUGCCGUGAAGAUAGUCAAACUAGACCCAGGAGAUGACAUCAGCUCCCUGCAGCAGGAGCUCACCAUCCUUAAAGAAUGUCGGCAUCCCAACGUGGUCACUUACUUGGGCAGCUACCUCAGAAAUGACAGAUUGUGGAUCUGCAUGGAGUUCUGUGGAGGAGGGUCCCUGCAGGAGAUCUACCAGGCCACUGGACCCCUGGAGGAAAAACAGAUUGCCUACGUGUGUCGGGAGGCCCUAAAGGGCUUGCAUCAUCUCCAUUCUCAGGGGAAGAUUCACAGGGACAUCAAGGGAGCCAACCUUCUCCUCACUCUCCAUGGAGAUGUCAAACUGGCUGACUUUGGCGUGUCUGGCGAGCUCACGGCGUCCGUGGCCAAGAGGAAGUCCUUCAUUGGGACACCAUACUGGAUGGCCCCAGAAGUGGCCGCUGUAGAGCGGAAAGGGGGUUACAAUGAACUCUGUGACGUCUGGGCCAUCGGGAUCACCGCCAUCGAGCUGGCCGAGCUUCAGCCCCCACUCUUCCACCUGCACCCCAUGAGGGCAUUAAUGCUUAUGUCAAAGAGCAGCUUCCAGCCUCCCAAGCUGAAGGAGAAGACCUGCUGGUCCCAGAAUUUCCACCAUUUCCUCAAGUUGGCCUUGACCAAGAACCCCAAGAAAAGGCCCCCUGCUGAGAAGCUUUUGCAGCACCCUUUCACAGCCCAGACCCUCCCCCGGAUGCUCCUCAUGCAGCUCUUGGACAAACUCAACGAUCCCCACCUGGGCAUCCCUAACCCGGAGGACUGUGACCUGGAGACCUACGACAUAUUUCCUGACACGAUCCACUCCAGGGGGCAGCACAGUCAGGCAGAGAGGACCCCAUCGGAGAUCCAGUUUCACCAGGUCAAGUUUGGUGCUCCCAGGAGGAAGGAGACAGAGCCAUUGUGUGAGCCGUGGGAGGAGGAGUGGACGCUGUUAGAGAAGGAAGAGCUGACCGGGAGUCUGCUGCAGUCAGUCCAAGAGGCCUUGGAGGAAAGGAGUCUGACCAUGAAGCCGGCUCUGAAGGACCAGGUCCUGGACUCCCCUGAGGACGGAACAGGAACCAUUAAGCGGUCACCAUUUGGGGGUCCCGGACCCCCGGGACCUUCUGAAGUGGACUCUCCCGAUUCCCCUCCAGAGACGCCAGAGCUGGCUCUGCCCUGUUCCGAAACCCCACCAUUGCUCUCUACCGAAUGGGCCACCAUGAAGCGCAAGGAAGACACUGAGAGAUCCUGCUGUCACGGCCUCCCCCCCACCCCCAAAGUUCAUAUGGGCGCCUGCUUCUCCAAAGUCUUCAAUGGCUGCCCGCUUCAGAUCCACACCGCUGUCACCUGGAUUCACCCUGUGACCCGAGACCAGUUCUUGGUGGUGGGGGCCGAGGAGGGGAUCUAUACCCUCAAUCUACACGAAUUACAUGAGGAUACUUUGGAGAAGCUGAUUCCCCAGCGCUGCUUCUGGCUCUACUGUGUCAACAAUGUCCUUCUCUCCUUGUCAGGGAAGACCACCCACGUCUGGGCUCAUGACCUGCCAGCACUGUUCGAGCAACGUCGGCAGCAGCAGCAGCGGCAGGUCCCUCUGGCCAUCCCCACCCACCGGCUUACCCAGCGUAUCAUCCCCAGGCGCUUUGCACUCUCUACGAAGAUUGCGGAUACCAAAGGCUGUCUCAAGUGCCGUGUGGUUCGAAAUCCCUACACAGGGAGCACCUUCCUGCUGGCUGCUCUGCCCUCUGCCCUGCUGCUCCUGCAGUGGUAUGAGCCCCUGAAGAAAUUCCUGCUUCUCAAGAAUUUCACCACCGUCCUGCCCAAUCCUUUGGGGCUCCUGGAGCCUCUGAUACUGGAAGGGAAGGAGCUGCCUCAAGUGUGCGUGGGGGCCACUGGGCCCGGCAGACCCGGCCUGGGCCUCCAGUUCCACAUCCUCCCGCUGGAAGCUGGGCCCGCCCCUGACUUCCUCAUCCCUCCUGAGGGGGCUCCAGGCGCUGCCCAGCAGGUGAUCCAGGUGGACCGAGACACAGUGCUGGUGUGCUUCGAGCGCUGUGUGCGGAUCGUCAACCUUCAGGGGACCCCGACAGGCGCCCUGGCCCCCGAGCUCACCUUCGACUUUCCCAUCGAGACCGUGGUCUGCCUGCAGGACAGCGUGUUGGCAUUUUGGCAGCAUGGCAUGCAGGGGCGGAGCCUGGAGACAAAUGAGUUGACUCAGGAGAUCACCGAUGAGACGAGGAUAUUCCAAGUGCUCGGGGCCCAUCGAGACAUCGUCCUGCAGAGCACCCCUACAGACAACCCUGGGGCUCAAAGCAAUCUGUACAUUCUCACCGGCCACCAGAGUAGCUACUGAACCCUGCUGACCUCGCCUCCAUGCCCAGGCCACAGGGCCCUGCCAGCGUGCCCCGUGGGCAGAGCCUGGGGUUGUGGGCCCUUUCCGUUCAGCUGAGGAGGCCGGGAGAUGACGUUCCUGAGAUGUGUCCUGUGUGUUUGUCGGGGGCAGGGAGGGGGGCAGGAAUCCCCCAAAAUACAGCUCUGCAAUAACUGGAGAAGACCAAGUUGCUGUGACUUCGUCCUCCACCGGCCAUGCGCCCCUACAUUCCCGGCUCCCCCUCCAGGAGCUCUCCAUCCCCCAGGGAGGUGUUGGCCCCUGGGGCCCCUGUUCAUGGCCCUGGGACAUGGUAUUUAACAGAGAACUGUAUUGGUAUUAAAGUCCACCGGUUUUCCUCCUU